CACAGCACCACUACACCUUCGGUGCUCCAACGUUUCGACAUCAACGCAAAAAUCAUCGUGCUAUUUCACUUCCACCGUAACCCUCUCCAUCUCUCUUUCUUCAAUAAUAACCUGAAUCCUGCGCUGCAAUCUCCACACGAGUUCCUCCUCUAUAUAGCAUCCUGGUUUGGUCUCCAUUACUGCUUCAAGUCGCGGUAAUGAGAUUAGGGUUAGGGUAACUCCUCACGAUUUUCGAUUGGUUCUAUUGAUGCCUCGCGUGCGAGUUGGUGUAUUCGUGUCGUGGCUGCAAAAUUUUUGGCUUAAUUUAUAGUUUAGGGUUUGCGUUGUCGACAUGUCCGAUACUUCGAGGGGUCGUGUUACUAUUACUCUUGGUCGUAGCGGUCAGGUUGUGAAGAGGGAUAUAUCUGCUGCAGAUGUUUCUUUCUCUUCUCUUCCCUCAGCUGGCACUAAGCGGUCUGUAAGAGACAGAAUUGGAAAUAAUGCAGAUAGUUCUGUGUGGCAUGGAAAUGGACUUGGUAGCAAUAAACGGUGUUCAUCGAGGAGAUAUAAGUGUGCAAAAUGGACUGGAUGGCAAUGAUCUCCGAUUGAAGCUCAUGCAAAAAAGCGCAUCUAGGCAAGGUGAUAGCAAUGGCAGUAAGAGGCAUACAGACCUCCGUGAAAAACUUUCAAAGGCAGUUCACCCUAUGCCAAACAGCUAUAAUUCAAAGCAGCAUGUACCAGAAUCCAGGGAAGCAAGCUUGAUGAGGCAAAUUCCUUCGGCUAGAAGUUCUGAUGAUUUACUGCGAAUGGAAUCCAUGAGAAGCUCAUACUCUCCUUGGACAUUGGAUCAUUUUAGGCGAAGAUCACCAGAUGGGUUUCCCAGUACUUCCAGGGGGAUUUCACCUCAGAGGGAUGUCCAAGACCUCAGGCGAAGGCCAUUAAACAGGUCAUAUGAUGGUGUCAGAUCAGUUCCAUAUGUAGCUAGGGAUGUUCUCGAAACCUCGAGGCCUCCAGUAAGUGCACCUGCACCUGCAUCUUUUAUGUCACGUUCCACAAUGUCCACAUUACCUCCAGUAACUGCCAAGCCUGUAGCAUCGCAUCCUGGCCAACUUCCUCCAUCAAGCAGUGUUGCACAAAGGGCUUCAUAUGUGAGUGAUGAACAGCAAUCACACCAAACUGUGGAUGGCCUGUUGCAUGCACUGGGACUUGGAAAAUAUGCCAUUCUUUUCAAGGCUGAGGAAGUUGAUAUGACUGCAUUAAAGCAGAUGGGAGAAAAUGACCUCAAAGAGCUUGGGAUACCUAUGGGUCCAAGGAAAAAAAUUCUUCUCGCUCUCUUACCUCGUAACAAACGUCAACAAUGAUUGAUAUAUAUCCUGCUUGAUGCCGAAACUGACACAUUGUUGGAUCACCAGUUUUUUUAUAUACAUACAAUUUGGGUGAUAGUAAAGCACAGAUCUGAGAAUUUUUAUAUAACAUCCCUCGUCCCGUCAGGGGUUCGAGUAUCCUUUGUAUCGACUAUCGCUUUUUUGCAUUCGAGAACAGGUUCGGCUUAAAAAUCUCGUUUGUUGGAAAUAUUGAUCUGUCAUAUAUACUGUUUGUACUUUUUUUUUAAUUGAAAGUAAUAGGAAAUUGAAUCAAUUUAUCCGAAGUCAAGGUUUAUCGAUAUGUAUCAUUUGUCUAAAC